UAAGAAGUGUUCUCAUGGCUGGAAUAAUCUAACAAAUUUUUACCUGGGUAGCACUUGGCAAAGCUUCCCUUUUUUCUUGCACAGUUGAAAGGAAUCCAGUACUAUUUCGUGUUUCAAUCAAAUUGACUCCAGUGCUUUUGCACAGCCUGCACAGUUUGGUAGCGCACGGACGUGCCUGGCUUAUGUGGCCUCUAUGGCCCUUUUUUGCUCAACAGUCAGAGAGAGGGAGGGAGGCUUCCCCCAGCACCAAAAUAUCGUUCUGUGUGCUCUCGGCAGCACAGUAGCUAAGAACAAGUUUCCAGAUUACUGCCUGGCCUUUUUGGAGUUAUUUGCUGGAAGAAGUCUUUUUUCCUUCUUUAAAUGGAUGAUUGUGUUUCAAUCAAGAAAAAGCAUCUCCAAAGACCAAUCUUUAGACUAAGAUGCUUGGUAAAGCAGCUGGAAAAGGGUGACAUUAAUGUGGUGGAUUUGAAAAAGAAUAUUGAAUAUGCAGCGUCUGUGCUAGAGGCAGUUUAUAUUGAUGAAACCAGAAGGCUUUUGGACACUGAGGAUGAACUCUCUGACAUCCAGUCGGAUUCAGUCCCACUGGAAGUGCGGGACUGGUUAGCUUCUACAUUCACAAGGAAAAUGGGAAUGGUGAAGAGGAGACCCGAAGAAAAACCCAAAUUCCGAAGCAUUGUACAUGCUGUACAAGCGGGAAUUUUUGUAGAAAGGAUGUACCGAAGAACUUCCAACAUGGUUGGUUUGGCUUACCCAGCAGAAGUGAUAGUAACGUUUAAGGAUGUUGAUAAAUGGUCUUUCGAUGUAUUUGCCCUAAAUGAAGCAAGUGGAGAGCACAGUCUGAAAUUUAUGAUGUAUGAGCUGUUUACCCGAUACGACCUUUUGAGCCGUUUCAAGAUUCCUGUUCCCAAUCUUAUCUCAUUUGCUGAAGCUCUUGAGGUUGGUUACAGCAAAUACAAAAAUCCGUAUCACAAUUUGAUCCAUGCAGCUGAUGUUACUCAAACUGUGCAUUACAUCCUGAUUCACACUGGUAUCAUGCACUGGCUCACAGAACUGGAAAUUUUGGCAAUGAUUUUUGCAGCUGCCGUCCAUGAUUAUGAACAUACUGGGACCACAAACAAUUUUCAUAUUCAGACAAGGUCAGAUGUUGCAAUAUUGUACAAUGAUCGUUCUGUUCUUGAAAAUCAUCAUGUGAGUGCUGCUUAUAGACUCAUGCAAGAAGAAGAGAUGAACAUCCUGGCAAAUUUAACCAAAGAUGAUUGGAGGGAGUUGCGUAGCUUGGUCAUUGAGAUGGUUUUGUCUACAGAUAUGUCGGGUCAUUUUCAGCAAAUUAAAACCAUGCGACAUACUCUACAGCAGACAGAAGGGAUAGACAAAGCCAAAGCCAUGUCUUUGAUUCUACACGCAGCAGAUAUAAGCCAUCCAGCAAAAUCCUGGAAACUGCACUACCGGUGGACCAUGGCCCUGAUGGAAGAAUUUUUUCGACAGGGAGACAAGGAGGCUGCUUUAGGGCUUCCAUUUUCCCCACUCUGUGACCGCAAGUCUACUUUGGUAGCUCAGUCCCAAAUAGGUUUCAUUGAUUUCAUAGUAGAACCAACAUUUUCUCUUCUUACGGAUUCAAUGGAGAAAAUUGUUAUUCCUCUUAUAGGGGAAGCUUCAAAAUCUGAAAGCCCUGCAUUUGGGACACCCAGCCAGAAUAGUUUGGGAGCAGUAAGCAAUGCUGAAGCACAAAGACGACCUGGUUUUAAAAGUACAAGUGAUGGAGGGACUUACACAGAAAAUUCUCUAGCAACUGUAGACCUAACAAGCUUUAAGGACAACUUGAUGCAGAUCAUUCAAGCAAACAAAGAAAGAUGGAAGGAAUUAGCAAUACAAGAAGAACUUGUCAAAAACAAUGAUGAACCACCAAAAGACCAAAGCAAAAGAUCCACAGAUGCACAAUUACAGGAAGAGACAACAAGGAUGCAAGAUGAGAAUAGUCAGGGGAACGACGAUACAACCCGCCCUCCCAGAUCCAUCGUCCUACAAGUAAUCUCUUUUGACACUCCUCUUCAUGAAUCCGACUCAGAAAAAUGCACUAACUCUGACCCGAACCAGAAGGAUCUCUCUGAGGCCCAGCAAGAAACACAGAAUACAGACCCACUGAAUGGUGAGCCUAAACACUGUAAGAAGUCAGAAGAUAUAGUAAAAGCCACUGAGCAAAAACCUGCACUGAUACACAACUAGAUUUGCUGUUUCUUAAAGCCUUCUGACGUUUCAGGCAGGAGAGGAGAAGAGGAAGAGCACUAACAGUCCCUACCCCGUUCUCUCUGAGGCUGCUAUCCAUCCAUUUCUGCUUGGAUCAUACCGGUCUAUGGAGAGCGAUGGACAAAACUAUUGAAAUUGUAAAACAUCAGAACCUGAGCUGGUAACUCAAGGCACUAAACAACUCUCAAAAUUUCAGUUGCUAUUUCUGCUUCUAUUCUGCUUUCUAAAACUAGCCAGGAUAUUUUUUCUUCAGCCAAAGUUGGACCUCAUUUUACUGCAUCACUGAAACCAGACGUUUCAACUAAGCAUGAGACCUGUAAAAAUACGUGGCAUUUAUCUGCACUGGAUUGCUGUUACGUGGCACCGCUACUGGCAGUAGGGAAAUGCAAAGUCAAAAUGGAAACACUGUUACAGACACUUGUUCAUGCAGCCAUGCUGCGUGCAAUAUUGAAGAUCUACUGGUUAGCUUUCUCAAAAUAUCUGGAAAUAAAGAAGUAUACAAGCUGUGCAGGGAAGAUCUAGAGUUACACUGGUCAGCGUGCGUGAGUGACAACUCUAUCCCAUUGCUCUGGCUGCCGUGCAGGGAGCUCGUGUUCAACAAAAUCAGUAUCUGAAAUAUCUUUCAAAUGAUUUGAGUAGCAUUCACUAUUAAGAUCAAAACAUUCUCGGCAGUUUCCUGUAGUAUUGUAAGACCUCAGCAAUGAUGUCAGCCCUACCACGAAGCUGGCACACAGACGGCUACGUAAAUGCGUAACGAAUCGCUUCACUUCAGCGAAUAUUGCGUUGCCGCUCAGACAGCUCCGGAAGGAGACGUUUAGCCUUAUGCCGUGGUUUUGCUCAAAUCCGAAACCGACAACUUGGAUGCAGCAAAAUCCUUUCUAUCGUUUGUUUUGUUAAAAAGAAACCCCCCCGAACAUACACACACGGACCACCCCGCCGCCUGGGACGGCGGUCAGCCCGUAGGGGCAGCUUCCCCCGGAGGAAACCCCGGGACGAGCCCUCCAGCCUGGCCCGCGCCGAGAAGGCGACUCCGCUUCCCCCUCCGCGCCCCUCGGAGCCGCGGGAAAUCCCGCGCGGCGCUUUGACUCGGGUCACCGCUCUCCCCGGCCUGCUUUUCAGACUCUCCCGUUAAUACCUCACUGACCGAGAGGUCUUUGCGAUCAGCCGCGGCCCGUUGCGAAGCGGGCUCGCGGGGCCGGUGCUCCCCUGUACGCAGGGCGCGCGCACGCCGGAGACGCGCGCACCGCUCGGCUGCUGCUCCGGCGACGGGCAGCGCGCGCGUCGGACGCAACCUCAGCACGGGCACGUCUUGUCUUGCCUGAAAAAGGAGCGAUGAAAUAACCACCUCCUGCUGACGGGCGCUGGGGCGGCCGCGUUGCUGACGGCCUCUUUUCCGACAGCGCAGCAGCUGGAUUUGAACCGGGAACUUUACAAGCUCUUUGCUCUGGGAUAAGGGCAUGCCAAGAGGUGGACUUCAUGUCAUUCAGUAUGUAAGCCAUAUACGCACUAUGCAUAUUUAGUGUGCAUAGUUUUAACUUAAGAAAUGUUUGUGCAUAUAAGAUGUAAAAAGUGCAUUUAGAUUGUUUUUGUGUAUCUGGUCCAGGGCUUGUAUUUAGCAUGGACAAAUUUCUGUACAGUGCAGUUAACAAAUGAAAUGUUAACAAAUGAAAUUGUAUCAUAAAUGUUAUAAUGCAAUUGAUAUUUUUUUGCUAAGAGUUAAGAAUUUAUAUAUUCUCUGCUAGUGUUUGAGCAAAUCGUUAGUAGCCUGAAUCACUCCCUGCACUUUGCCUCCUUUUUGGGAAUAUUGGACUUUCUUCCCCUUUGUGAUAAAAUAUAAACCAUCUUUCAGUUUCUUAUUGCCAUUAUGACGGGGGAAAAAUGUUAGUCAUAUCAGAUUUCUUUUUUAAAAUGUUGUAAAUUGCCAAAUGCUGUGGCAAUGAAAAGCUUUCUUGUUUAAAAUCUGAGCAGUUCAGUUUUAUGCCCUUUAUUUCAAAACAUAGGACCUUAUUUCAGAUUAAGUGUCUACAAUUUCCACUGAAUUUGGAAAAAAAAAAAAAAAAGAGAGAUGAUUGAUACCUUUAGAUUUAGUUUAAUGAGCUAUCUGUUUGUUGAAGAGUGUUCUUCAACAUUGUAAUUCAUGAUUUGUUGAAACUGAAAAUCCAGAGCAAUCUGAAUUUGUCUUUAUUGUAUUUUCAAUCUCAGACUUCUGCCAUAAUUGGACUUCACCUCCCAUCCCAUAGUGAUUUAUGUGGCCUACAAAAGCUUUCUACAGAAAACAAACAGGAUUUAUAACAGAUUCUGCAGCGUACACGAUGCAUCCCGCAGGGGACUCGGUGUCCUGCUAUUACAGGCAGCCCCCGAUCUCCCGCUGCAGACGCUGGAAGGAGCCCUGGUCUCCCAGGAGACUCGGUGCCUGCAGAACCGAGCCAUCGAUAGAGAAGCGUAACCUGCCUAUGACUAAUCAUACUUGCUCAUCUGUGUUCAGUUUAAUCACUUUGGUAUAUGUUAUUGAAUACCAGAAAAGUCCUUAGUUUUUCUUUAAUGCCACUUAUAUUUUAUUUCUUUCCUCUUUUAUUCUUAGCAAGCUUUUAUCUGGAUGUGACCCAAAGCUCGGUGUGUUGUUUGUGUGAGAAGAAGUUUACACUGAUGGAGAAGACCCAUAUAACCAACGCGCAUUACUAAAGGCUUCAACCUUGAGUUGAAGCCAUUUGAAUUAGCGUUCAGCUGGCUGAGAGGCUUCUUGCUAGGCUUCUCCCUGAACAGUAGUUUCACUCCGAAACCUGCAAGGCUGCACUACCAAAACACUGCAUGGGGCCAUAAGAAAUGUUGCUUGUAUAUGCCUUUCUCCCGCAGCAUUAUGGGCAUGCAUCCCUGCAUUAAGCACACUGAGGAGCUGUAGCUAUAGAUUAGCCCUCAAAGGUUUUACUUUGUAUUUUUAUCUUGAAAUAUCUGACAAAUAUAUUACGUAAUAUUGUUAUGGGUUAUGAUUUAGCCAGUAUUUUUUAUUUAAUUUUCAACAAGGCAAGCUAUGACUGUGUGUUUCUAUUCUGCUGUACUUAUCUGUAUUUCCUAUGAUGAUCUUCCUAAAUAAAUUUGAUUUGAGGGCAAGGAUUGUGAAGCUCAUGAAUGUUAGUUACAGGUUUGCUUUACUACAGUAUGCUUUCUCACAUGCAUUUGACUGUCUUUAAAAAGCAAGAGAGUAUAAAUUGUUGUUACCAAAACUUUCGCCUGCUUGCGACUUGAUGCUUUAUUUAAUAGCCAUGCCAGUUUGCCCUGCGAGCUCACUUGCAUCUUCAUAGCACUCUUGAAAAUAAUUUCUUUCAGUGAGUUUGUCAUCUUCACCUUUCCUGCUAAAAUAUCCUUUACAUAACAAAAAUCGUAACAAAAAAACCCAACAAUUUCCCAUUUGCAGCAAUUCUGCAGGAAGGUCCACACAUUCAGAGGUGGCUCCAUGGCACACACCAAACUUAAUCAGAGACCUCAGUGGAGCAGAGGGUAAGCAGGGCCCCAUACAACUCAAACUGGAAAUAAAUGGAAAGAAUCUCAUUGACUUCUUGUAUCAAAUCCUAGUAACGUAGGCAGUGGAAGAAAACACAGACAACUGGUCUGUACAUUCUUUGAGGUUCCUUCUUCUGGAUGUGAUCCGUUUUAAGCUACAGGCUCAAAGGGCUUUCUCCUGUUGUGUAUAUAUGCCAAAGUCAAACAAGCCACUAUUCUGACAAAACUUCAGAUUAACAAGCAAACAAGUAUUUUCUUUUUAAACCAACUACACAGUCAUUACAUAAGAAAAAAAUAGAUAAUGUCUUAGCCAAAUACACUUUCCUGAUAAGUUACCUAAUAUUUUAACUUCAGAGUUUAAGGGGUCUCAUACAUUUGUAAUGCCUUGUGCAGAUUAUUACAAAUCUGAGGUAACAAUUUAUACACAAAUAAGAUGGUGGAAUCAUGGUAGGUGAAACCUGGGCCUUGAAGUGGAACACAGUUAAACAGAGUAGAUAGAUAGCUGGCAUUUUUGUCUGGAUUUUAGUUAUAAAGUUCUCAUUGCUAUAUAGGGCCUAAUCCUAACAGACUUUCAUCCUGAAUCUGCAAGACUAACUUUCAUUAGAGUAGAAUUUGGAAACUGGGAUCAUAAUACAAUGAAUAAACAUAAUCAAAUAGCAGGGGAGUACUUCCUAUUUGUUUAAUUUCAAAUACUUUUUAACUUGAUACAAUUCUCUUGGUCCAGUUCAACAGGCUAUAGAUGUUCUCUGAUGUUCUAACAACUAAAUAUGAGGUACCACCCAAAUUUAAGCCAUGUUUAGUUCCUCUAAUGAACUCAUACUUCCUUGCUUCGAUACCUCUAUCCCUUGAGAGAUCUGU